UCGUUUCAAGUUUUAGAGCGUUCUUAAAAACCAUUGCCUCACGACUGAAGUUACCGGAAUCGGCAUAAAUCAGCAAAAAGACUUACACCAAAAUGACUUCCACGGAGAUUCCAAUGUCUGAAGCAGAAAAGCAGCACCUCGGCAUAGUCGACGUGAGGAUGGGGUCACAACUAGCGAUGUACCCACCGUCACAGGGCCACUCGGUACAGCCUGAAUACCCGCCACAACAGAAUGACGUAUCAUCAGGAACCCCGCCCUCUUACUUACAAACAUCCAAUCACAUCCAAGCUCAGCCACAGCCACAAACUACAGUGGUUCGUACUGCUCCUCGAUCCACGAAUGCAUUUUCGGGAGCGCCCAGGCAGCAAAUACCGGACUAUUCCCUCAUGGCUUGGAUAGUCACUUUAUGCUGUUGUCUACCCUUUGGACUAAUCGCUGUCGUCAUGGCUUCAAUUGCCAAGGACAAACAAAUGGCUGGCGAUUACGAUGAGGCUCGUUCAACCUCACAGCAUGCGUUGGGCUGGGCAUACUUUCAUCAAGAUAUCAUAGCUAAGUCGACUUGA